UACCAGUAAACAAUUUUCAAAAUCAAUUCUGUCACUUUUACCUUUAUAAAAAACAUUCUUAAAAUAUGUUCCGAGCAUACAAAGACCUACAAGACGUAAUAUCAGCUGUAAUUACCUGCACAAACGAAAUUAUGUUAGUGAGCGAUGUGGCGAACGAAUUAUAUAUACCAUUUGUGAAAGCUCCAACACAGUCCUCUUGGUCCCAAGCCAUGACCAAAGAAACGAACGAUCUUUUCGGAGAUGUACCUGUAAACAAAGUGCUGAGACUGAACAAGGUCUAUCUCCCGGAUAAAUCACCACCUUACGCCAUGCAUUGUGUCUACCACAUGCCUAUCAAUGCCGAUCAGAAAAACAAAUCCAAGAAUACCAUGGGAAAAUACAAAGGAAAAGUCAAAUGGGUUAAUGAAGCGGACUUAACAAAACUCUGGACCACCAAAAGUUUGAAAACUCCAGAGGUUUACGAAUACUUCCACAUGGCCAAAGGCAGUAAUCCUCCGAAUUAUGUCCAGCCCGACAAUAUGAUUAUUAGAGGUAACGUCUUAGAAGUAUGUGAUGACAUUAUCGUCACCGUCAGAAACAACAUGUAUGAAAAUAUGGUUGUUGCUUCAGACUACAACAAAUCUAUUCAAGAAUGUCUGUUGAAAGAGUUUUUUCUUACUGCAUUUCCGGCUACACAAUUAGGUCACAGUACUUUUCUAAAGAUUGUGUCUAAUUUUGGUUGGUCCAGAGAUGAUGCAAUACAUUUAUUCAGGGCAGCUGAUAUGAAACGCCGAAGAGGAGUUUCGUUUAGAGAGAUUCUUUACAUGCUUGCAUCGCUAGAUCCUAAGGUUAAUCUGGUGGGUCCUUUAGUUGAGCCAAGAAGUUAUUACGUUUUUGGAUAUUUUGAUAAAGACGAAGAUGGAAUACUAAAUGCUUCGGAAUUUAAAACAUUUAUAUUAGAGUCAAGGAAAGCGAGGAAAAUGGCGGUUGAUCCAUCUAAUUUGCAAAAAGACUUAGAUGAGACCUACAAGGCACUGGGAUUAUCCAUUGGAGCAGAUGUAACUAUGAACGAAUUUGUCAAAGCGUGCAAGGAUAAUAGGAUUAAAGGAAUUCCCGUAAUGUUAAAAUCUCCUAUGGACAUGCAAAAAUUCAUAAGUAAUCGAAGUGGGAUACUAAGCAGUAGUCCUAAUGCUCCAGCUAUUGAUUCAAAAGUAUCUACAGUGGUAGCCAAUACCGGAGUUUCCUCAAAAGAUUUCGAACUAGCUGUGCACACAAUCAGAAUAAACAAGGACAGCAAUCAAAUAAACGUUGAACAAGUUUUUAGUGUUCCAGAAUCAGCAUCUACAAAUACAAUGCGGAGACCCUUGGGUACCGAGGUAGAUAGAAAGGCAUCAAUUGAUGUCUUCAGUCCCAAUUCGUUUAGCAACGAUGUUUUGAAAGCGCUUCGAUAUUUAUGUCCCUUAAACAAGAAAUUGUUAAAUCCUGCCAAAAAUGAAAAGCCUACAUACAACUGGGGGCAACUUGACGCUCAAUCUUUUAUUAGAAACUUAACAACUGUCGCGAACAUGGCGAAGGAAAUUUUCAGAAAAGAACCCAGACUUUUACAACUUACUUCUCCAAUGUAUGUCAUGGGAGAUCUUCAUGGGAACGUUUUUGAUUUGUUACAUUUUGAAGGGACAUUGUGGCAUCUGGGUGCUAACUUAUGUCCCUGUGAACUUCUAUUUCUUGGCGAUUAUGUUGACAGAGGUCCCUUUAGUAUAGAAGUUAUAGCAUAUUUAUUCGCCUAUAAAAUACAGAAUCCUCACAAAGUUCAUCUGCUCCGAGGUAACCACGAAAUUAGAGAUGUUCAAAAGAUGUUCACAUUCUACGGGGAAUGUUUGCUGAAGUGUGGUGAAAAAGUUGGAGCAGAUCUAUGGAACACUUUAAACUCAGCCUUUGACAAUAUGCCAGUGGCAGCUGUAAUUGAUUCGAAGAUUUUUUGUUGUCAUGGUGGUUGUCCACCUCCUUGGUUAUGUCCUGUAAUUUCUGCCAUUAAUGAUAUACCAGUAACAUUGAACCAACCGAAUCAACAAAGUUCUUUGGCUUGGGAAAUUAUGUGGAACGACCCAGUCAAACCAAAACAAAUGAACGAUAAACUAAGUAUGGAACUGAUGGCGAAUGAAGGUUUUGCUGUAAAUGCUAGACGAGGAACUGCUCACGUUUUUAGCGCUGAAGCUUUAGACAGAUUUUUGAAGGCAAACAAAUUAACUCACUUAAUUAGAGCUCAUGAAGUUGUCCAAGCAGGAUACUAUAUUCAACAAAAAGGUAAAAUGGUCACCAUCUUUUCAUCCUCAAAGUACUGUGGAGGUGAGAAUGAAGCUGCUUGUGUGCUUGUAGAUCAGGCAAAAUUACGUAUUUUAAGAUUGGCAAAGAAUGGAUAAAUUUAUAAAUACAUAUUACAAUAUACAAA